AUGGCGAGCCCUUUUCUUUACCAAGUCCUCAUUCCUUCUGGCGCCCUCGGCCGGUCCGAUCUCGAUACCCUGCAGGCGUACUCUCUCAUAACAGCGACGGCGGAGAAGCUUCACCGGCGAGCGCUGGAAGGGAGGGAGAAGGAGCUUGGAAUGGACCAUCCUGAUACACUAACUUCCGUCUACUGCCUUGCCUAUCUUUUACACAAGCGCAGCCGAUAUAAGGAGGCGUCCGAGCUCUACCAGAGAGCAUCCAACGGCUACAAGCAGAAGCUCGGUUCUCAGCACCCGACAACUAUUGCGUGUCUGAAUCACUUUACAGCUAUGCAACAAGAGGCAAAGGAGAAAAGACAAGGACCAAGCAGGACAGCAGUUGACAAUGAUAAUGAGGAGCUUAGAGAGAUACCCACCGAGGGUGCUAGUACUCUGCGUAGCAGCGAGGCUAUGCCUGAGCAAGCCAGCAGCGGCUUGAAGAGCAAAAGAGGCUCAUUUUACAUGCGCUUUAAAGGGAGGAUGCAUAGAAAAGAUCUAUAG